AUGGUAAUCACACGCAAAUCUAGACCAGAAUUAGAAUCUGAUAUAAGGCGGGUUAAAUCAGAAAUAACUUCUUUAGAAAGACAAUUGCAAGCACGUGAAACUCAAUCUAGAUUCGAUGACGAUCUCGAUGAUGAGGAGGAAUUAGAGGAAAUUCUUAAAAAGUUAGCCGCUGCUGGUGAAUCCGAUGCACUUUCUGCUUUACUUCAAGAUAAUGUAUUUGAUAGUCCCGAUAAGGACGCGAUUACUAGCACUGAGGGCGUAGAUUCAAAUGGUAGUAAUACUGAUAGUCAGAAUAAAUCUACUACAAUCAACAAACAACAAGACAUCGAAACUCAGAAACAGAUUCAUAGAUUCAAUGCGGCUAUACAACUUAAUCAGGCAUUUACUGGUAUAUCCAUAGAUCAACCAACACUUCUACAAGAAGAUCAAGAAGUGAGAGACUAUAGAAUUUCUGGAAUUAUUCAAUCACUAGGUGGUAUACCAUUCGAUACAGUUGUUCAAUUUAACACAAAAACUCUAAGAGUAACCGAUUUGAAGAUAAAUUGCCCAAUUUCUGGUUUACAUGAUGCAAUUAAGAGGAUCGAAGAUCAACAUUCUUUGCCCCUAUUUUACAGAACUUUACACGACUAUGGUGGGAUAGUACAACAUUUAAAUGCUCUCAUGGAUGAAUUACACACAUUAUACCACAAAAAUGUUAUCUAUCUCAAUGAAUUCACUAUAGUGUUUGGUGAUUAUACGAAGCGUACAUUGAUGCUUACAUGCGAAUUAAAAUGGGAUAAACCAAAUAACCGACUUGAACCUUCAUUCUUCGUGUGUGCUAGGUUAUCAGACAAAGAGACUGCCUCUGCUAAAGAAUUAGAUACCAUUGCGAAUAUGAAUAUAAACUUUCAAAAUAUGCUAGUUAUUGGUAUUCCCCUCAAGAAAGCUAUUGAAAUUGCUUUAACGGCUUGGUUGCAUAUGCAACAAUCACAGCCAUUAGCAUUACCACCAUCAACUGCUGCUGAAUUAAUGCUCAAACCAAAGGAUAGUAGAACUAAUAAAGAAAUACCCCUGAAAUUGAAGCAAAUUAUCACUAAGUCAAACAAUGAUGUUAUGAAAAGGGAAAGAAUGAAUGAGGAAAGGAAGAAGAAAUCUGCAUUAAAGAAAGCUUCUAGAGAAAAUGCUAAGAGGAUAAAAAAACUUGAAAAGAUCAUGGAAAUUAAAGAAAGACGUAGAGCAGAACGUAAGGAGAAACAUAAUACAGACAGAGAAGCCAGUAAGAGGGUCGAAGGAAAGUUUCACAAGAGAAAGGAAGCAGAGAAACUACAAAAUGAAGCCGAAGAGUCACGAUGGAGUUCUUCAAAUGUCGUGCGUCCUGAAGAGCGUAAUUCCGAGGUUUCGGAACAAUCUUCUAAACGUAGACGUUCAUCGGGGUCUCCAGGAAGUAUCAGUAGGAGUAGAAGCGGAAGUGGGAGCCAAAACUCACCUAGGUCAUAUAUAUUUAGGAGAUCAUCAGUUGUGGAUGUAUCAUCCGAAGAAGACAAUGGGGAGGAGCGAGAGCAUCCAGGAGAACGAACACUCGAAAUGAGAAAGGCACGCAGAAUGAAUGAAAGACUUCAAGGCAGAAGAGCGCAUGAAACCAGAGAAAUACAGCGUGAGAAUGAUCAAGCUUCCCCAAGUCCUCGCAAAAGGAUGACAAAAACAUCUCCAAGAAAAUAAGAUUCUUCAAGGAGAAUAGAUUAAUUUGUAACACAGUCACAUUGUACUAAUUUGUAUUUUAGUAAUUGCUAAUAUAUGUCACUAUUU